GCGCUUCCCCGCUCCAGAAGGUUCUAGUCGGCGGCGCCAUUGGUGCAGCGCAGGGCGGGCUCGGACGCUGAGCAGCACCACAGAGCUCUGAGGGAGCAGCGGCCCCAGCGAUGCGGCAUUCCAAACGACGUGAAUAUCCUGACUGGGAUGAAAAGGAAAGUUGUGAUCCCAGAAAGUGCAGCAAUAGUCAUAAGAGAAAGAAGAGAUCUCACAGCAGUGUACGGGAGAACAAGCGCAGCAAACAUAAUGACAGUCAUUAUUCGGAAGCCAGGUCUGCAAAUGAAAGAGAUCAUCAUGAUCGGCGCUAUAUUGAAGAAUACAGAAGUGAUUACAGUCAAGUGUGUGAAAAUGGACAUAACAGAGAUCAUGAAAAUGGUUAUCACAACCACAGUAGCAAGUCUUCAGGCCAUAGUGGGAGAAGUAGCUAUAAAAGAAAACACAAGACAUAUAGUGCCUCACAUCAUCAUUCACAAAUGGUAUGAAUAAUUUUUUAAAUUUUAGAAGAUUAUUUUAUUUUAGGAAAAUAACUUCUCAGCUGAGCUGUAGCAGUCAGUGUGCGAAUUUGGGAAGGUCUUAUUUCUAAUAUUUACAAUACAUCAUUUUUUGUUAGAUUAUUUUCCUUGGAUGAGAAGGUGUCAUUUCACGCAGGUAUAUACUUGCCAAACCUUAGCACAUAUAAUUAUCAGAAAUCUACUGAAUAAAGUAAUAAACCACCAAUGAGCUUAUUAUUUAAUAGUCAACUGAAACAUAGGUAUUGCCCCCCAUAGGUCUUAAAAUUUAAGUCCGUAAUUCAUCAUGUAAAGUACAUACUUUCAUCUUGUUCAAAAUCCAAACCAUUUGUGAUUUAUGUGCAAGAUACUACUAAAAUUUCCUUUUGUUAACAAAGUCAUUAAAGUAAGCUUGUAUUUCAAAGAGGCAUCUAUGCAGGCAGUGUUGCAACUGUUAAUAAAACACCUGAUAAGUGCUCCGGUAUGAUUUAGAGUAUCUGAUAUGCAUGCUGUCUGUCCACUAGCUGGAUGCUGUUUGAUCUCUUAAUUUAGGUGUGCAUAACUUUAAUUGACAAAGCAGAUGAAGACAAUAUGAUUUAUACUGGUAACUCUUUAACUGAAGCAGCCUGGAGUAGAUUUAUCUUUUUGUGACUUAUUUUUUAAUUCUGAAAUACUGCUCAAUGUUUAAUUCAGAUUGUUUAAUUUGGCCACAAGGCUAUUUUAUAUAGAUAAGUAAAUAUUAAAUCCUGCUGUUUUAUAGCAUUAGACUUGCGAAUAAGGACACAGCAAUCCUAAAAUUUCAGUGCCUCGAGUGAAUCAUUUGAAAAAAAUUGUGUUGUAAUUUUUUGUUGCCUUGCCACUUUGAGUAUCUUAUCUGAAAAUCUGUUCCUUGCCAUGUUUUUCUCCUGUAACAUAAACUAUGUGCCCUGUGAAUUUCUGGGGACUGAAUUUGAAAUUGCUCCUGCCAACCGUUUGUGGCCUGGCGCGUAUCUGAAUGCCUGAAUAUCUCCCCGCUGAAUGAAUUUCGUAUUCUGCCCUGAAUUCACUCGGGUAUAUUGAUUGGCUGGACGAUCUUGGUGCCGCCCACAUGCCGUUUCCAGAAGAGUCACCGAAGGAAAAGAUCGAGGAGUGUAGAGGAUGAUGAGGAGGGUCACCUGAUCUGUCAGAGUGGAGACGUACUAAGUGCAAGAUGUAUAGAAUAUUUUUCAAAAUUUAUUAACUUUUCAGAUAGAAUAAUUUCUUUUAGAAUAAGAUGUCAGGGGCUUUGAAAGUCUUUUCUUUCUUUCUUGGUUUUUUGUUUUUGUUUUUUGUGGGGGGAUUAUUUUUCUUUUUCUGUAGAAAUUAAACAUUGAUAUGCAUUUUCCAAAAUAGUAAAUGAAGUUAAUGAAAUUUGGAAUGAUAUGGCUAUAACUCUUGAUGAGAGUUGUCCAAUAAAAUAAGUACUCUAGCUUAGAGAUGUUUAGCUACACUUUUUUAUAGGCACAGCUUAGAUUAAUCUGCAUUGAUAGAACUUAGUUUUGUGAGUAACUAAAUAAAAUAUCACUACUACUUUUACUGAUUUUUUUUUCUCUUUUAGAUGAAAUCAUUGGUACUCUGGGUGAAGGUGCUUUUGGAAAAGUAGUGGAGUGCAUAGAUCCCACAGUGAAGGUAGACACGUAGCAGUGAAAAUAGUAAAAAAUGUUGAUAGAUACUGUGAAGCGGCUCGUUCAGAAAUACAGGUGUUGGAUCAUUUAAAUGCAUCGGAUCCCAACAGCACAUUUCGCUGUGUACAGAUGUUGGAAUGGUUUGAACAUCACGGUCAUGUUUGCAUUGUUUUUGAACUACUGGGACUUAGUACCUAUGACUUUAUUAAAGAGAACAGUUUUUUGCCAUUUCGGCUUGACCACAUUAGGAAGAUAGCAUAUCAGAUUUGUAAAUCUGUAAAUUUUUUACACGUGAACAAAUUGACUCAUACAGAUCUGAAGCCUGAAAAUAUUUUAUUUGUGAAGUCUGACUAUGUAGAAGAGUACAACCCAAAACUGAAACGUGAUGAACGUACACUAAAAAAUCCAGACAUCAAAAUUGUGGACUUCGGAAGUGCAACAUAUGAUGAUGAACAUCAUAGUACUCUGGUAUCUACAAGACAUUACAGAGCUCCUGAAGUUAUUUUAGCUCUGGGAUGGUCACAACCUUGCGAUGUUUGGAGCAUAGGUUGUAUUCUCAUAGAAUAUUAUCUUGGAUUCACAGUAUUUCCGACACACGAUAGUAAAGAGCAUUUGGCAAUGAUGGAAAGAAUACUUGGGCCUUUACCACUUCACAUGAUACAGAAAACCAGGAAACACAAGUAUUUUCAUCAUAACCAACUAGACUGGGAUGAACAUAGUUCUGCGGGUAGAUAUGUUUCAAGACGCUGUAAACCACUCAAGGAGUUCAUGCUGUGUCAAGAUUCUGACCAUGAAAAUCUGUUUGACCUAAUUAAAAAAAUGUUGGAGUAUGACCCAGCCAAAAGAAUUACCCUUGAAGAGGCCUUGACUCAUCCUUUCUUUUCUGUACUAAAGCAGGAAAAUAAGUAGUCUUUAUAGUUCUCUAGAGCAAAUUAUAGACUGUGUCAGUCAACAAAAGAAGCAAACUUAUUUUGUACAGUUAGCUUUGUAAAUGUGCUGUUUUGUAUCAUGACAGUUUAUUUGGACACUUGGUUGAAAUAAAGCUUUUUGAAACUAUCUGGAAA